AUGGAAAAAGAUUAUGGGUUUCCGAGGAAUAUGGAUGCUUUGAAGCUGAUUGUUUCGGGUCUUUGUGAGCGUGGAUAUGCCAGUUAUGCUGAAAAAAUGGUUAAGAGUCUGGCUAAUGAGUUCUUUCCAGAUGAGUUUAUAUGCGAUGCCUUGAUCAAGGCAUGGUGUGUGGAUGGGAAAUUAGAAGAAGUUAAAAGAUUGGUGGAUGAAAUGUACAGAGGAGGUUUUGAGAUAAGUACAUAUGCAUACAAUGCGAUUUUGGACUGUGUUUGUCGACUUUGUAGAGAGAAGGAUCCGUUUAGGCUUCAAGCAGAGGCAGAAAAUGUGUUAAUUGAGAUGGAAAGAAAUGGUGUUCCACGUGAUGUGGAGACAUUUAAUGUGUUGAUUUCUAAUUUAUGCAAGAUUAGGAAAACUGAAGAUGCAAUGAAACUGUUCUCUAGGAUUAGGGAAUGGGGGUGUUACCCCAAUGAAACUACAUAUCUUGUCCUAAUUAAGAGUUUGUAUCAGGCUGCACGGGUAGGGGAAGGUGAUGAGAUGAUUGAUAUGAUGAAAUCUGCAGGGUAUGGGGAUGCACUAGAUAAGAAGGCUUAUUAUGAAUUUUUGAAAAUUUUAUGUGGGAUUGAAAGAAUUGAUCAUGCUAUGAGUGUUUUCACAAAGAUGAAGGAAGAUGGCUGUGAACCGGGCAUUAAGACAUAUGACUUGCUGAUGGGAAAGUUGUGUGCUCAUGGACGUCUAGAUAAGGCAAAUGCACUUUACAAGGAAGCUGAGAGCAAUGGACUACCUGUUGAGCCCAAGGCAUAUAAGGUGGAUCCUAGAUUUGCAAAGAAGAAGCCUACUGGUGUGAAGAAGGAGAAGAAAAGGGAGACGCUGCCUGAGAAGAUGGCAAGGAAGCGAAGAAGUCUUAGAAAGCUUAGGUUAAGUUUUGUGAAGAAGCCAAAGCGGACGAUGCGUCGUGCUUUUUAA